UUGAACCAUCCGGGCUUCCGUAGGCAGCAGGAUCUGGGGGACCUGCUCGUUCAGAGCAUCCUUUGCUUUCUUUAUCACCAAAACACGGUCAAGCAGGACGAGAAAUCGCUCCGUUAACAUAUCUCCACACCCGUCCGGCGGUGGGGUCUCGUUACAGGGUUCGUUAACCGUUUUGUCAGGGUAAUAUUCCACAACAUGAAGCUUUUUCUGUCGGAUGGAGAGGAGACAUAACAGCUUGUCUGUGCAAACGAACACAGCCUCUGGAAGCUAAUGUUUUUACUACAUUUUCCAAUGAAGCUUUGGAUACGAAACCCGCUGUGGUUUUCUUUGUAAUGUUUACCUGACGUUUUGUGUUUUUGCUGGGGCGAUGUGAGCGCACUCGGCGGUGCUUCAGGAUGCACAGAUAAGUGUUGAAGGUGCCUGAUUAUUCCUGAAAUUUAAGACAACCAACUAAGAGGCCAACUUUUUAAGACACUGUGUUCUACAUUCCAAUGAAGGUUUCUCGGCACCAGCCAGCUGUGGGAUGUUAUAUUGCUCGGACAUCAUGAGCAAUUUUCCACGGACUAUGGGACAGCCUUGAUUUGGCAUUCAGCAACAUUCCCAUAUCAGGAAAUUUCAUGCAGCAUCGAUGCCUUAUGCUUCAGAUUACUUUGUACUUAUCAUGACUACAGUGAAGUACUUUGUGGCUCAAUGUCUUGUAGUUUAACUCGAGGAUUUAACUUAAAAAUAUGUCACUACAUUUGUCAUACAGGAAAUUUGAGACACACUAGAAACAGGCUGUCAGUGCAGACAUUUGAACCCUCAACUAUAAAAUAAUUGUUCUGUUCUGAUCGUAGACCCCGUGACCCCUGCAGGUGUCAGAUAGUCUGCAGUCAUCAACCACAUGCCCCCAGCUGCAUCUGAGAUUUAAUAGCAGGUGAUAUUACACACAUGGCCAACAAAAUGACUGUAUGCCCGUAGCUGCGCCACGCCAGCUUUGUCGUGGCUGCCCGUCGCAGGACGGUUGUUCUCCUCAGCCAUGUCCCGGCUGAUGUUGGGCCGGACUCUGGAGCGCAUCUGUAAAGGCGUUCUGCUGCUGUGCCUGCUCCACUUCCUCAUCAUGAUGAUUCUGUACUUCGACGUCUACUCACAGCACUUUGAUCUGUUCAGCCGCUUCAAUAACGGCCGCAACGGAUCCAGGAAUAAUGUUAGCGGAGCAGCAGGGAAUGGGCAUCAUUAUUACUAUUACAACCUCUCCAGGCCCAAUGCAACAAUAGCAAGCUACCUGGCUCCAGGCGAACAGCUGGUGCCCAGUCUGCAGCCCGACAUCAGCCAGACGCCUUCACCCAGGCCACUGCCGCCAUGCCCCGAGAACCCGCCCGGCCUGGUGGGGCGAUUGUUGAUUGAGUUCGGUUCUCAGAUGACCAUGGAGAGAGUGCAGAAGGAAAACCCCAACGUGACAGAGGGGGGGCGCUACACACCUCCCGACUGCCAGCCAAGAUGGAAGGUGGCUAUCAUCAUCCCAUUCCGUCACAGAGAAAACCAUUUAAAGUACUGGCUCCAUUACCUCCACCCCAUCCUCAGACGGCAGAAGAUUGACUACGGCAUCUACAUCAUCAACCAGUUGGGUGAGGACACCUUCAACCGUGCCAAGUUGCUGAAUGUCGGCUAUAGAGAGACUUUAAAAGAUGCAGAAUAUGACUGCUUCAUCUUCAGCGAUGUGGACCUGAUCCCCAUGGAUGACCGCAACCUCUACCACUGCUAUGACCAGCCAAGACAUUUCGCCAUUGCCAUGGACAAGUUUGGCUUCAGGCUACCCUAUGCAGGCUACUUUGGAGGAGUAUCAGGCCUGAGUAAAAAACAGUUUCUCAAGAUCAACGGCUUCCCCAAUGAGUACUGGGGCUGGGGUGGUGAAGACGAUGACAUAUAUAACAGGAUCACUCUGAAUGGUAUGAAGGUCUCCAGGCCAGAUGUUCGAAUUGGCCGCUACAGAAUGAUUAAACACGAAAGGGACAAACACAACGAGCCCAACCCGCAGAGAUUCAAUAAAAUACAAAACACAAAGAACACGAUGAAGAAGGACGGCAUCAGUUCUCUGACCUACAGACUGAUUCAGGUCAAGAAGUUUCCUCUCUACACAAAUAUCUCAGUGGAGAUCGGAAAGCCCCCUCCCCGGCCUAUUAAGGGCUAGAAAGACAAUAGAGAGGAAUGUAAAGGAGGCACAGCGACUGGAGGGACGCAGAUGAGAAAAUCAGAAGGGAAA